GGGGCUUCGGGUUUCGAUACACAAGCCAGGGAGAUAGAGAAAUAAGUAGGCAAAAAUGGUGUUUCCAAGUGCUUCCAUUCUUUCAAUACUUGUAGUCCUACUCCUAUCUCCAUUUGUAUUUUCAUACCCAAUUCAGGAUAGGUUUCGACAAUGUCUCUCAACAACUUCAGAAUCCUCCUUUCCUUUCUCCACUGCCUUGUACUCUCCAAUUAAUAACUCUUCAUUCACCACAGUUUUACUUUCUACUGCUCAAAACCUGAGGUAUACAUUGCCUUCAGUGCCGAAGCCAGAGUUUAUCUUCACACCAUUCAAUGAAUCCGACAUUCAAGCAGCUGUUGUUUGCUGCAAACAGCUUGGAAUUCACUUUAGAGUUCGCAGUGGAGGCCAUGAUUACGAUGCUGUCUCUUAUGUCUCUGCAAUUGAAUCCCCUUUCAUUAUUAUAGACCUUGCCAAGCUACGGUCCGUUGACGUUGACAUCGAAGAUAAUAGCGCUUGGGUUCAGGCAGGCGCCACAAAUGGUGAACUUUACUACAGGAUUGCUGAAAAAAGUAAAAAGCAUGGUUUCCCUGCUGGCCUUUGCACCAGUUUAGGCAUGGGUGGGCACAUUAUAGGUGGUGCUUAUGGUCCUAUGAUGAGGAAAUAUGGCCUCGGUGCUGAUAAUGUCAUCGAUGCUCGCAUAGUCGAUGCUCAGGGCAGGAUUCUUGAUAGAAAAGCCAUGGGAGAAGAACUUUUUUGGGCAAUCAGAGGAGGAGGAGGAGGAAGCUUUGGCAUUAUUACUGCCUGGAAAGUAAAAUUGGUCCCUGUUCCAGAAACUGUAACAGUCUUUACAGUUACGAAGACCUUGGAACAAGGUGCCACUAAGAUCCUCUAUAGAUGGCAGCAAGUUGCUGACAAACUUGACGAAGACCUCUUCAUUAGAGUUAGCAUUCAAACAGCCGGUACCAGAGGCAACAGAACUAUCACAACUUCCUAUAAUGCCUUGUUUCUUGGUGAUGCCAAGAGACUCCUCAAGGUAAUGGAAUCUAGCUUUCCAGAAUUGGGCUUGACACAGAAGGAUUGCAUCGAAACUACCUGGCUCGAAUCUGUGCUAUACACUGGCAGCUAUCCGAGCAAUACACCUCCCGAAGCUUUACUUCAAGCAAAUAACGUAUUGAAGAGCUACUUCAAAGCCAAGUCAGAUUUUGUCCAAGAACCUAUCCCUGAAUCUGCACUGAAAGGUAUUUGGAAAAGGCUUUUCAAAGAAGAGGGCGCUUUCAUGAUAUGGAAUCCUUUUGGUGGAAUGAUGAGCAAAAUCUCUGAGUUUGAGACUCCUUUCCCCCAUAGAAAGGGUGAUCUAUUCAUGAUCCAGUAUGUAACUGGCUGGCAGGAUGCUUCAGGGGAUGUUGGAAAGCACGUAAAGUGGAUCAGGGAGCUUUACAUGUACAUGGCACCUUACGUUUCCAAGAAUCCAAGGGAAGCAUAUGUGAAUUACAGGGAUCUUGAUCUGGGUAUCAACAGGAAUACUAACACUAGCUUUAUUAAGGCAAGUGUUUGGGGUGCUAAAUACUUCAAGGGUAACUUCUACAGGUUGGCAUUAGUGAAGAGCAAAGUUGAUCCUGACAACAUUUUCAGGCAUGAACAAAGCAUCCCACCUCUUCCACUUCACAUGAGAUAGAGAAGCUGAAGAGUAAAACAGGGCCAGAAAGAAGGGUGGUUAGAUCACCAUGUUUAGGCGCUUUUUACAGAACCAACAUCCUUGAUUUGUUGUAAUAAUUUGGUUAAAUAAACAGUAAUUGCAGUCCCAAAAUGAUGUGUAAUAAGCAAGCUAUUCUGUCAUGUAGCAAUCGAAAUUUAGUAGAAAGACGUACAAUAAUCGUGAUUGUUGAAUCCUAGAUGAUGAUGAGAUCUAAAUUAUUUAAUAAAAUACAGCAAUUUGGUGAACAA